UUAUACGCGAGUUGACGCGCUGGCGCAUACGUUCAACAUUUAUAGAACUUCUUGUUGACCAUCCUGCCGGUUUAUCCGUGGUCCACGUUUCACUCAGUUUGAAUUUGUUGAAGUUCGGUGAUUGUCAUACGAUUUUACUUUCAAGAUGUCUUGUGUUGACUUGGAAACUGAAGAUCGUCUGGAAUACCAGUUCUUCCCAAAUCGUUCUGGCAUUACUCAAUUUAGAGUAAGGGCAUCAAAUGAUGCACACAUCGCUCUGAGCCCAAGCGCUUGUGAAACUACCCCAAUGUAUGAAAUUUUCAUUGGAGGGUGGGGUAACAGCAAAUCCGUCAUUAGAAAGAACAGAACCAAACCAGACGUUGCCGAGGUACCAACACCAGGUAUUUUGACUGAUCAAGACCACCGUGGCUUCUGGGUGCGAUGGGAAAAUGGAACCAUUUCUGCUGGAAAUGAAGGAGAAGCUGCCCCAUUCAUCAGCUUCACUGAUUAUGAAAAUGUGCCUAUUGAAUAUGUUGGAUACUGCACUGGUUGGGGUUCCCGUGGUUCUUGGGUCAUCGAACAAAGAGAAGGUGGUGGACCAAUUGCUGCCGCUUAUACCAGACCUCCACAAAAUGCAGCUAAUGUCUGUUGGGUAGCUAGUGGAAAUGGACAAGUUCCCCCAAGAUCCUUUGUAGGAGGCGAGGACAAUGGAGAAACACUGUAUAUCUGCAGAGCAAUGCUUAACGGUGCCCUCAUACCUGGAAAAUUAGUACCCAGUCAUGGAAAUGGUUAUGUAGCUUGGGGUGGAAAAGAAAAUCCCGUUUACGAAUACGAGGUACUCUGCGAUUUUGGGGGUACCUGGGUAGCAACUUCAGGUGGUAACAUCCCAAGCGGAUCUCUACCUGGUGGUCAAAGCGAGGAUGGUGAACCCCUUUAUAUUGGCAGGGUUGUCCACGAUGGAGCUUUAACUGUUGGCAAAGUUCAACCAAGCCAUGGUUGCCUGUACAUACCAUACGGUGGACAGGAACUUUCUUUCAAGGAAUAUGAAAUUCUCGUACAAUAAAUUGUUGUCUGGGAAUAUAUUUGAACGAGCAAGCUUGUUUAAUGUAUCGCUGUGUAGGAUUCAAUCCAGGAAGAUUAGCAAGCACAUACUGUAUGUUACUCAGCUUUUAGGUGCCUUAUGUUAAGUACCUAAAUUAUUUUUAUAUACUUUUACUACAACAGAAGUGUAUGUUGAGGGCCUAAAUUGUUCAGAAGUUUAUAUUUAUUUCAAACAUAUUGAUAUAACUUAACGUUACAUUAUAUAUUUAUGGCAACUCCAAUAAAUUUGUAUUUAAAAAGCA